AUGUCAUCCACCAAUGAUGCCGUCUUUUAUCGGCGGAACAAGCAGAUUCAAGAUGCUAUUGACGGACAGAAUUUGAAGCAGGCCCUGCAAUUGAUCGAAAAGCGCAUCAAGAAGGGUGAAUGUACACCGUUUCUCAAAGCGUGGAAGGCAUAUGUGCUCUACCGUCAUGCCGACGAAGCCCACCGCAAUCGUGGAAUUGCCGAGACGCUCGAACUGUGUAGAGCCGAGCCUCCUACAACGGACCUAGAAACCCUCGAUAUUCUUCACGAGACACUUGAGAAACUUAGAGACCAUGAAGGGACUUUAAGGGCCCUCUGGGAAAGAGCGGCCAAAGCUAGCCCGAAGGAUUUGGAUAUCCAGAUGCGAUGGUUUGAAUAUGCGUUUGAGGGUGACGACUGGAAAUCGGCGCAAAAGGCUGCUAUGUCUCUUCAGAGUAAUUUCCCAAAAACUAGGAAGUACUAUUUCUGGGCCACCUUCCUCUGCUACCUGAUCUCCGUGGAUGCUGGUGCCUCGGAGGCUGAGCGCAAGCUUUUUGGAACCUUAGCCUACCGUAUGAUCUCGAAAGCUGCGGAGAGCGUUCCUCAAGAUCCGAAGGAAUUACUGAGCCCACCCAGAGCGAUUCAAUCGGCCGAGGAGCUAUUGUUGCUUGUUAAAAUCUUCGAGUCCCAGGACCGCCAUGCAGAAAUCGUCAAGAUCCUCGACAGUGACGGAUUAGGGUUGAACUCGCGUGUCGUGCAGAAUGAUUGGUCAUUUGUUGGAGUGAAGCUAUCCAGUCUGGAAAAGGCCCAGAUGUGGACGGAAGGUUUGGACUAUGCAAAGAGUCUGCUCGCCAUCCCAAGCAAUGAGGACGGAAUGAAGGCUCUUCAAGAACGCGACGACUGGGCGGUCUGGCACUUGCUCCUCACAUCUACUCAGAAGAUCAAUUCUCCGGAGACUACUGCCGCGACGCAGGAUUUCAUCCGCAAUUUCGUGGCGUCUGUGCCCAAAUCUCGCAACUCGCAGUUGGCUCAGCUUGACCUGAUGCACUGGAAGUAUCAGUCGAGCCCCUCUAAUGCCAAGGAAUUGAUUGCCUCCUGCAAGCAAUACUUUGACCUCAACAAACACAAGCUCUACUGCUUUGGCGACUUGCGGACUUAUGCUUCAUCACUCGAUCAAGCUUCCGUGGCUGACUUUGUGAAAUACGCUCUGGAAGGCCCCAACGAGGGAUCUGAUGGCGUCACAAAGAUUAACGCACUCAAACUCGAGUAUUGUUUCUGUCUUUCGGCCAACGAAGAGAAUGUAACCCAGGCCCAAGUCGAAAAUUUCAUUGUUCGCUGUUUGCAGGUCUAUCGUGAGGUACAGCGCCCCGAGAAAACCUCAGCUCCCACCACUAUCGAGAGCCAGCCCAGCGACGACUUGUGUAUUCUGGCGGCCAUGAGUCUGAUGCGCUUCAGCGAACCGUGCACGUCCGAAGUUGAUCAGCAAAUCAUCCCUGACACUGUUCUUAUCCGCGCAGCAGCUAUUCUGGAGCGCCUUCUUGACGAUUCUCCUCACAACUAUCAGGCAUUGCUACUCGUCGUUAGGAUCUAUCUGCGCUUAGGUGCAGGAUCUCUUGCACUGAGCAGCUUCAGUAAACUUUCCGUGAAGCAGUUGCAGUUCGAAACUGUUGCACACAAUCUCUUUACGCGCCUUGCCACCAUCCACCCACACUCGGCCCCGCCAGUUGAGGGAGCCGAAUACAAGGACUUUAACCCACAAUCCGCUUUUGUGCAGGCCCUUAACUUUUAUCGGUCAGCAGAUCUCACAUCUACCAGGCAUCGCACUAGAGGGCUAGACUAUGGCAGCUAUGUUAAUAUAGAAGGUACCAUCGAGUUGCAGAAGCGUCUGAAACAAAGCAUCUGUCGUAGGAUGUGGGCUCUAGACGUACGACGCAUACAAAGAUUGGCUGGUGGAGACCCCAUGUCUCGAUACGAUGAUAUGGCGAGAGAUGAGUCACCUUUGAUUGACCAACGUGCUUUUGAUGCAUUCAUGAAUUGUGAAGCUCCCGGCAAGCCUUCAUUUGAGGAGCGUAUUCGCGUGGGGCCUUUGCCUAGUAACGCAUGGAUUAGAUCUAUGAGGGUGACGGAUUAUACGUUCGGAACGCUUAAGACUCUGGUCACUCAAAAGCCAGUAAAUAGUGAGCCCGAGCUACCAAGCCUUGAUGAAAUCUUGGGGGUGAAUGCGGAAACGGAAUUGACAUUGUCGGAAAUUGAGAGCGCUAGAACGAACCGCAACCUUCUUGCACUUGCCCUUUUCUUGACCGGUUCCAAGAAUGUCACCGCAGAGCAGGCAGACGCCAGUCUUGCCGAGGUGGAAGCAUGGUUAGACUCCAAGGUCCAGGAUCUCGAAGAGGGCGACGGAAAGCUAUCCCCGGUCAUCUCGAAAACAGCGCUUUUCUUGAAGCCGGAAGCACCAACGGGGCCGACCUGGAAAUACUUCCAUAAUCAGUUCUUGGUCCUUGAUUCCCUCAAGGCCUUGUCUCUUCUCACCACUGUGGCCACCAGAAAGGGAUCCAAGAAUGCUAAACUGAGUCGUGAGAGAGUCGACAAACUGACUGAAAAGACACGCCAAGUCUUCCAGGAUAUUAGAAGCAGUGGUCGUACCCUCAAGUCUCACAUCUCGGCCUCGGGUGGUCUGGGCGCAUUGGUUGACCUGGUCUUGGCGGGUACCGGCAGCGGGCCGGAAGGCAGUAAGCUUUCUUCAGAGUUGAACAAGACGCUUGAUAUGUCUCAGCUGGAGGUCUUCUGCGGUGAGCUGAUGGAAAGCUGGGAGGAGGGGUUGAAGGGGCUGCUUGCCGUGACUUUGUGA